UUCACACACUCAUCCACACCUAAAAGCAUUUUAGUCUUGCACAUCCACCUGCCAGCAUAUUUUCAGGCAGUGGGAGUGUCAAGAAAACACAGCUAAUGGAAUUUUCUUGAUCAUUCCUUAUAGGAUCCAGGAGGGGAUUGUUUUGUCAGAGUCCAAAAGAGAGAUUUGGAGCGGCUGUGCACUGAGGUCAUGCAGCUACGGGAAUUUCUGCCUAAAGUCAUUAAUGGUGACUUUCUGGAUGCCCUGAAUAAAGCUCGCUCUCUGGAGAAACUCCGAGAGCAGAGCCAGCAGCAGCACCAGCAGCUGAAGCAGGAGUGCUUGCACCUCACCUCCCGCCUCGAUGCAGCACAGUCCGAGUGCCAGAGAGAGAAAGAGGAGAAACUGGUUCUAAGGGAGAGGUUAUGGGAGAGCCGUGAGCAGCUGCAGCAACAGGCAGAGUUCUGUACAGGCCUGGGUGCCGCCACCUGCACUGUCCUCUGGAGCGCUUCCCGUAGAGAAGAAGCCAUACGAGACAUACUGGCUGAUGGAAAGCUGGAACCAUUCCUUAGUGUAGCAGGACAAACCCUGGAGAGCUUUGUGAAAUCUCUGGAUGAGGAUGAAAAACCCCAGCAGCAAAACUACAAUUCCCAUGAGCACCAGUUUGUGCUGGCACUGGCUGGUGUCAUCACCAACGUGGCAGCUGUUACUUGUGGGAGGGACUUCAUUUCUACCUCUGCGCAUGUCUUGUUGGACACUCUGAUGCAGCUGCUUGGGUUAAUGAAGUCUGGGGUCUUUCCAAAGCUUAAAGUGCUGAUGCUGAUGGCUUUAUACAACGUUAGCCUCAACAUAAACGGACUGACGUACAUCAGCGAGAGUCCUGCACUCCUACCACUUAUAUGCACCCUGCUUGAAGACCAGGACAUAGAAGUAUGUCUGCAGGCACUGCGGCUCCUCCAGUCUCUGUUAGUGGAGGGUGACAUAUUGGCCCAAAUCAGCCCAGACCUCCAAAGUUCCCUUCCAGUGGAGAGAAUCAGCCAGUUGGCCUCAAGCCGCCACUCUGCCCUCAGCCAGACAGCCCAGGAGCUGUUGGAGGACAUCAAAUGCCUCACCAAAACUCGUCACACGGCCACAGAGAAAGAGCAGUGAUGACGCGGACACCUACAGACCUUGUCCUAGUCCUGUUCCACAUAGACUGACGUUCUGCUCUAUCUGUAGCCAAUGCAAUCAGUUAAAAAGGUUCAGAGGUCACAGGGCCCAUUGAAAUAUGGCUCUGACCUCCUGGGUGGUCUAGGAAGUAAUGAUAAUGGUGAAAAUAGCUAUUUGUUUCUGUUAAGAGUUAUGCUGGUUAAGGAUAGCAUGUUUUUUUUUAAUACGUUUAUACAUUUUUCUAAUGUAUGACUGUUAUUCUAACUGUUGUGAUUAGAUCUAU